CAUGCAUUCAAACUGAGCGUCAAACGGUCACCAGCUUGCUUGAGGCUAGGCUUUAAACAAAUUCCUUGACGUAUCCGAUGAACAUGCUACGCGCACAGCCUUAGUGCCAAAGCUCCUUAACCAUUUCUCCCCAUUAAGACUACGCACCUUAGGACUGCAGCUUUAAUUCCGUAAUCCUAGGACUCUCGACUUAAUCGCCGUCGGCGUCUCCCUCCCGACCUCAGUGUCCGGCAGCCAAGCCACCCCCGCCACCUCGCCCAAGCCUUCCUCAACCCAACCGCAGCCAUGCACACCGCCAUGGCCUCCCCCCUCCACCUGCCCAACAGCACCCCCCUCCACCGCAGCUGUCGGUGCAGCCAGCCCGCCACCGCACUCCUCCCCAGCAGCGCACUGCGCCGGCCGCUCACUGCUCCCCACCAGCGCCCCAGCCCACCGCGACCGCAGCAGCAGCAGCAGCAGCAGCGGCGCCCACUGCCAUGCCGCAGCCAGCCCCCCACCCACACGCACUCCCACCCCCACCCCCACCCUCGUCAGCUGCCGCAGCACCCGGAAAUCGGUCAGAUCAUUUUCUCAGCUGAGGAGAUUGAGGCGCGUGUGGCCGAGCUAGGCAGGCUGGUGGGUCAGGAGUACCAGCACCGGGACCUGCUGGUGCUGGGGGUACUCAAAGGAGCGUUCAUGUUCACCACAGACCUGGUACGGCACAUCUACCCGCACCCUGGCUCCCUGGAGGUGGAUUUCUUCAAGGCCAGCUCCUACGGCUCCGGCACCAGCAGCAGCGGGGUGGUGCAGCUGGACAGCGCCUUCGACUGGGGCAGCGUGCGGGACAAGCAUGUGCUGCUGGUGGAGGACAUCAUUGACACCGGCAACACGCUGAGCCGGCUGGUGGCGCUGAUGCGGGAGGCGGGGGCGGCCAGCGUGCGGGUGUGUGCGCUACUUGACAAGAAGGCUCGGCGGCGGGUGCCUAUGCAGGCCGACUACACGGGCUUUGAAUGCCCCGACGAGUUCAUAGUGGGGUAUGGCAUCGACUACGCGGAAAAGUACCGCAAUCUGCCGUACAUUGGGUCCGUUCGACCCGAGUUUAUCAAGCACUGAUGUGUCGGCUUGAUUGGGGUCUCCCGCUGGAUCUUACGCCGUUAUGCGCUCCUUGUUUGCACCAACCCACUCUGUGCUUUUACUAACGCACCAGCCCACCUGGCGAGACCAGGUCAUUCCUGACCUGCUGUUAUGGGAUUGUCUGGCACUGUCUUGGAUUCAUGUUGAACUACUUUCGUGUACUUCUUGUACUACUGCAAUGGAUACCGCGUUAGUUGUUUCGUUAGCCAAGGCCCUGAGCGAGUAUGAUUAGCAUUGGUUCGCAGUCUUACGUGUCCGUGUUAGGUCAGAGGGACAGAGCUUGUGUCAGGCUUUGUCCGUAUCUCUUUCUUAAGGGUGGAAACACCGUGAUUUGAUGUCCUUUCGUACAUGUCGUGUCGAACAUGAGAGGUAUGGCACGUGUUUUAAAGGCUUGGAAAUCUAGGCUAACCUUACCGGUAAUAGCCGUGCAAAAUGUACGAUAGAACUCUUGCAAGGG